AUGUACACACAAAUUCAAAGAACCGUUGAUUGGAAAGGUCCAAAGUAUUGCUUCUCAUUUGUGAAGUUCCAAGACGUUGUCGAAAAUAAUGUUGCCAUUAAUUCACCUGUUGGAUAUGUUGAAGUGUGCUUCAAUUUGGAGGACACUAAUAAGAAAGAUGGAACAAUAGGCAAACGAUUGAAUGUGAAGCUUAAAGAUAUUGAUGAUCAACAAGUUACUGCUACUCUUUGGGAUUAUUUCGCAAUUGAGAUGCAUGGAUACUUUAACAAUCCCAAUCGUGAAAAGCAUGUUGUGGUAUUGGUUCAUUUUGGUGUUGUUAACUUGUAUAAAGAUCAACCUGGUUUGUCUACUUCAUUUGAUAUAAGUAGAAUGUGGAUCAACGCUGAACUUGAAGAAAUUUCUUCUUUCAAAAAUAGUUUUAUAGAGAAGUUUGCAUCCACGCCGUCAUCGAGUGAUAACGUCGGAUCUUAUAUUAUAUCAACGGUUGAGGAUUCUUUUUUGAACAAUUCUGGGUUUGUUUUGACUGCUUUUCUGAGUACCAUCGAGAAGAAGAAGAAAGUUAUUUUGUCGUUUAUUACAGUUGCUAAAGACGAUGGUUCAGGUGAUGUAGAAGAUAGGAAGACUGUAUUAUGCACCAACACUAAGUGUAAAGGAGUUGAUAUUGUGUCUCUCCCUCGUUUCAAAAUUCCUAUUCGCGUACAAGACUCAUCUGGUACGGUUACGUUGACGCUCUUUGAUUACGAAGCGUACAAGAUUUUUAAGAAAACUGCUAAAGAAUUGGUUGAGGUGCAGGACGAGGAGUUGUCUUCUGGUGAUUUUUCCAAGGGAUAUCCGGAUGUUUUUAACAUUUUGAUCGUCCAAAAAAUGGCUUUUAUCAUCAGUGUUUCAGAUUUUAACCUUAAGUAUCAUGUCAAAAAUUAUGGAAUUUCCAUGCUUACAUCUGAUCCAAAGAUUAUUUCUGCUUUGUACGAGAAAUUCAAAAUUCAUGAGUAUGAGAAAUCUGAAUCAUCCAGUGCGCAAGUGUCAGACAUUCAAUCUAUUCCUUGUGAUGUUUCCAAGGAUGACGUAUCGUUCAGUGGAGAUAAUGAAACGCCAAUGUCUAACCUAUUACAUAAUGAUCACAAAUCGUCUUCUUCAGGGGAAGUGAAGCGUAACCUACAUGAAAUGUAUGAUGUUGAUGACAUGGUUGGAUGUUCUUCAACAAAAAGGAAUCUUGGUGAUGAGAAAGAGGAAGCCCAAAAUUCAGAAUCUUCAAAUCUUCUGAUUCCUAAAAUUGAGAAGUAG